AUGAAGAGAAUAAAAGAACAAACUACUAUUCUUGAUCUCAUCAAAUCGGAAUCUAAAAAGAAAAAAGUUGAAAAUAGUAUUCCUAUUAAGACUUCAAACGUAUCAUCAUCUACAUUGCUCACAUCAACAAAUACUACAAACAGCUCCACAUCACAAACAGCAGAAUCUGCUGCUAAUUUCAUCUAUCUCAUAAAUGACAUUGAUACGAAUGGAGCUAAAGUAAAAUACGUUUCAAAUUUUCUCUCUAAAACUGAAGCAAAACAAUUAUUUGAUAAACUUAUGCAAGCAUGUACUUGGGAACGAGAUGAAUACAACAUAUUUGGAAAGAAAAUAUUAUCGCCUAGAAAAAUUUCAGCAUUUGGGGAAACAAAUUAUGUCUCAAAACUAAAAGGAAAUUAUUCACAGCGUCACAGAAGGCCAACACAUAAUGAGUGGCCCGAAGAAUUACUUGCGCUAAAGGAAAAGGUUGAAAGCUUCACAGGAGAGAAAUUCACAUUCGCCUUAAUUAAUCGAUAUGACAGUGGUCAAGAUUCCAUUAUGUGGCAUUCUGAUCAGGAGAAGGAUUUGGCUGAAAAUUCAUCGAUUGUGUCUAUUUCCUUGGGAGCGGUUCGAGAUUUUCAAUUCAGGCCAAUUCCUGAAAAACAUGACACUAAGAGUGAUGAGUCUGAAAAAUCUGAAUCGUCCUCUAGGGAUGGAAAAAAGAGAAACAAGAAUACAAUUAUCACAAAGGCUCUCGAGAAUGGGUCAAUGGUGGUGAUGAAUUAUCAGACACAACGUAAUUAUCAACAUGCACUUCCAAAAAGAAAAAAUGUACAGGGAGUACGAUUGAAUGUAACUUUUAGACAUGUAGUGAGAUAA